UGUAAUAUUUUUAUAUAUUUGUACUCUUUCUGUUUAAUGAUUUGCAUUAUGUAGUUUGUGCAUGUUAUGUAUUUAAGUACUUCUAUUUUGUCAUUAAUUAAUGUUAUUACAGGAAUUAAUAGCAGUGCAUCUUAAUCUUUAGUCUUCAGCUUAUCUGUUAGUGACUUUAAUGCAGUUGACACUUCAGCUUCAUCUCUUAGCCGUAGUAAUAUUGUUGAUUCUAGUAUGAACAAAUCUGAUAUAGAAGACAAUCUUGAGGAUUUACAAAGGAAUAAUCAUGACACUGAACAUGCUUAUAGCAACAGUAAUGACAGUAACGCAGACUCUGAUCAUGAUAAUCAAGUUGAGGCAUCAAAAAAGACCAUUGGCAAAGAUAUAGUAAAAAAUCUAGUUUCUAUGGUGAAUAUUAUAAAACAAGUUCAACGUAAUCAUGGAAUAUUAUUGAAGGAAAUACUGCAACGACUUAGAAAUAAAGGAACAAUCGUACCUCAUCCUGAAGGAAUGCCACAAAGGUAUUUGAAAACAUUACUGCAGCUGAUAAAUGGAAAAAUGUUUAGCUUUAUCCGAAGCACAAAUGGAAUAUUUAACCAAAAGACUUUCUACCGAAGGUGGAAUAUCAGUGCAGGAAUGCGUUGAUCGCAUUAUGAAAAAAUUACUCACACGUGCAGUUGGUAGUCUUUAUAGUUACAUGGGAAGAAAACAAAAAGGGAGGGAACAAACACUUGCUUUUUUCCCACAAAAAUGUGCAAAGUUGUCAAAGAUGCAGUAUUACUUAUACAUCCAGAUGCCAAUGGAAAAAUUAUAGACAAAACAAUAAUGGACUAUUUACGUUACUCGCCUUUUAGGAGUGACAAAUAAGUCUGCAGAUAUAUGUAUUAUGUAAUGUUCCUUAAUAUAACUUUAUAUAACUUUAAGAAAUAAAUAUUGUA